GUCUUCUAACGAUAUCCGUCUGCCGUCCACCUGACGUGCUCCAUCCACAGCCUCGAGUGCUCAUCACCACUGGAACACGCUUCCAAUUUACUCCGCCAGGCAACUAGGCACGAUCUUUUUGCGAGUACGUGCCAUUUCGAGCCACCUUGAUAUUUCGCACACGCCUCUCACGAACAAUACCUUCUUUUCUUCCAGCAUUGAUCAGACAAACGACAACAACACACUCCACUCCGAGUGUGCUCAAGACCUUUCUUUCCUUCCACCAUUUCACCCUCUUCAGUCUGCGCGUUCGUUUGACGGCUUCCAAGUCGUCAAAUGAACCUGCUUUAGUCACUUUCUUUCUUCUCGACCACUAUCCUCUUCCCCUUGAAGAGCCCUCUUCGAUCUCCUAAUGCCUUUCAAGCCCUUCGCACAUCUUGCAAGAGUCAGCUUCGCAAAGGGAAUCGCCCAUACUUACGCUCCUUCCGUCGUUGCUGCUGGUCAGUCACUCGGAACCUUUCAGAAUUACCCGGUUGCGAAAUUCUCCAAGACCGCACAACUACAAAAUGUAUUCUCGAGCCCUUCGGGUUCUGGCGCCGGUGCGAAGGCUGGACACAAUUCCCAGUCGUCGGGCGGUGAUGGUGGGUUAGCCCAGUACUACGCAGCCUGGCAGCAUGCACAGCAGACAGGUGAUGACUCGGAGUGGAAGCAACAUCAAUUUGCCAGACGGAUAGGAUGGAAACAAGAGAAGACUGGCCCUACAAAAUACCAGCGGCUCGACUCUUCUCGCGCGCUCGACGUUCUCCGACCGACGUCGCGAUUGACCGCCACUCGAGCGAAUAGCGAGCCCACUGUUACACAGGCGCCAGAGGCGGACGAGGUUUUUGCGGAGGUUGAAGCACUUGCCAGGGUUGACGAGGCCAUUGCGAAAGAGAUCCAGGAUGUCAAAGCUGCACAACAGAUUGAAUCCGUCCCGUCUCAAGAAGAGGAAAUCGGCAGUCCGGUUGUCAGCACUCGAGCAGUGUCGCCUAGUGCUCAGGAGCCGACCGUCACCGACCCCGAGUCUUCAUCCCAAUCAUUGGAACAGACCCUCUCCACCGAUGCAACUUCGCUGGCCUCUGAGGAGACUCUCGUCUCUGACCAAAUUAUCCGCCUUGGCCAGCAACAUCGAUAUGCCGAUAUCCCAGCACUAUUUGAGGCGAUUAUCAAAGAAGGUCAAGUUCCUACUGUCGAUGCCUACAACCAUAUCUUGUUAUCCGCCAUCAACUUGAGCAAUGGGUACCAGCCAUGGCCCAGAGCGCUCGAGGUCUAUGGAGACAUGACCAAGCGUUCUGUGGAACUCAACGCCGCCUCAUACAUGAUACUUCUGAACUUCUUGGCAGCAAGAAGUCUUGAAGCGUAUCAGGUGCAAAAGCAUCUAGGUGAAAGAGCUGCUCGAUACGGAAGUGAGGGUGCAUUGGUGUUCCCCUCUGCUACCAGACAACAAGAAGUCUAUGCCGCCGAUACCUCACUGGCAUUCGCCACCAAGCUAUACAACAUUGCUCGCGCGACUCUCGAUGGCUUCCGACUCCCUGCACCCUUAUACAAUGCCUUGGUCAAAGCCUGUGCUCAAGCUGGCUUGGUUGAUCACCUGAACGUUCUACUGGCCGACAUGAAAGCCGAGAACAUCCGUCUGGACUCUCGCUUGUACACUCUCGUCAUCGAUGCACAAGCUUCGAAGCAGGAUAUUCAUGCCGCUCACGAGAUCUACGAGGAGUAUCGUGACCUCGCCAUCAGCAGAGCUGUCAAUGAUCCCCUCGACAUGCAAGUGUAUGCGUCUUUGAUUAAGGCUUACUAUGCUUCUGGACUUGCAGAGACUGGCCUUCGCUUCUACGAAAGAAUCUUGCAAUCGUUCCAGAACUCCGCCAACCAGCAGCCGCUCUCGGAGGACCUGACUGCUGCUUUCGUCGUGAAGGGACUUGUACAGCAUCAUAUCGACAACAAAGCCUUCUCUACUGCCAUCUCAAGCAUCAAUGAGUACACUCUGCAACCGGCUGUCCGAGACCGAGCACUCUCAAAGGUCAGCUCCGCCGCCGCCGAUGCUGGUAAGACAGCAGAGGCUACGAGCAGUUUGGACGCCAUUUCGGUUGCAAACUUGACAGCCGAACCAGUCAUGGCUGUCACUGCCAUGCACAUCCGAGCUGGCGAUAUUGCUAAAGCUAAAGCUACCUGGCUCAAGGCACGAUCGUUGCCACUAACACCAAGCACGGACUUCGCUACAAUGUACACCCUGGCCUUGAUGCGCUAUGGCUUAGUCGAAGAAGCAGUUGCUGAGGCUCGAGCCAUGUUCCAGCGCAUUCGGACUUCUGCUGCCUCUGAAGCAAGCCGUCAAUUGGCCAGCGCGGAGAUUGAUGAAGCCAUUGUGCUUUUUGGAGAAUCUCUCGGACAAGCUCAAGCACCAAUCUCGUCACAGACAAGCAUUUCCUUGUUGCGAGCCAUGAUCGAGAAUGGUGGUCUUGUAUCACCUGUUGCCCAACAUGCCAUUGCAAGUCUGGGACCUGAUUGUAUUCAUCAGCUCGAUGCUCAAGAUAUUGCUCUAGCUUUGCAUGUUCAGGCACAGAUGCUGCUGUCCGAGAAUUCCGUCGACAUUGGCCAUCAAGCUAGGUUCGCCCACCUUCUUGAGACUGUCCUCCACCGUGGUAUCCUCAUGGACCCGUCUACCGUUCAUGUCGUCAGUGAAAGCUUGUCAAAGGUUGCUGCUGCUCGGCCAGACCUCCUACAGCGCUGGCAAGAGCUUCUUCAACCCGCUGCUCCCACUCCUGCUGCUCUGCAAGCACAGUCGCCAGUGUCUCCCCAUGUGUCUUUUGUCGGCCACGCCCCGGAGGCCGAUUCUUUCGACCCGUAUGCCCAUACCACCGACUUUCGUGCCUCGAAGGCAAUCUCGGAAUUGGUUGAGAGCACCACAGGUCGCAUUGAGAAUCACCUCAACGAUGGUCUGUCUCGCUUGAGAAACGUUCGUCGCGCUGGUCGGAACCUGCAUUACUCUGCUUAUGCCAAAUUGAUCACAGCUGCUGGAAAGGCUAAGCAGUCAAACUUGAUCAAUGAGAUUCUGAGCAUGGCACAUUCUGACGUCCCAAUGUCACUUCAAAUCCCAGCUGUGCGGGCUGGCUGGGUCUCAAUCUUGGAUUCCAUGAUUGCUGCUUGCUUGACUGUUGGUGACCGUCAACAGGCUAGCAAGAUCCAUCAAGAACUUCUUGACAUGGGCGCAGCUCCGUCGGCCAACACCUUCGGCAUCUACAUUACCACACUCGAAGGGAUUUUUGAUGAAGCGACCGAGGCUGUUAAGAUCUUCCAACGGGCACUGUCUGAGGGCGUGGCUCCUAGUGUCUUCCUGUACAAUGCCGUCAUCGGCAAGCUUGGGAAGGCUCGCCGCAUUGAUGAUUGUCUGCGAUACUUUGGCGACAUGGAGGGUAGGGGGAUUCGACCUUCGUCCGUCACUUAUGGUACUUUGGUCAAUGCUCUCUGCAGAACCAGCGAAGAACGGUUUGCCGUUGACAUGUUCGACGAGAUGGAAGCCGCUCCCAACUAUCGGCCGCGACCAGCGCCUUACAAUUCGAUUAUUCAAUACUUCCUCAACACCAAACGCGACCGAAACAAGGUGCUGCAAUACUACGAGCGGAUGAAAUCAAAGAACAUCAAGCCGACCUCUCACACCUAUAAGCUGCUCAUCGAAGCUCAUGCUUCCCUUGAGCCUGUCAAUCUGCCUGCCGCUGAAGCCAUUCUUGCUGAGAUGAAACAGUCCGGCGUCCACCCUGAAGCCGUUCACUAUGGCGCCUUGAUCCAUGCCAAAGGAUGUGUCAUGCAUGAUAUGCCCGCUGCGAAGGCUGUCUUUGACUCGGUUUUGAGCGAGCGCAACAUUCGACCAACCGAUACUUUGUAUCAAAAUUUGCUCGAAGCCAUGGUCGCCAAUCAUGAAGUCGCCAAUACAUCCGAGGUGCUCGCUGACAUGUCUCGACGCGGCGUUCCGAUGACACCAUACAUUGCCAAUACUCUCAUUCAUGGCUGGGCUGGUGAAGGUGAUAUCAACAAGGCCAAGGCCAUCUACGACCGGCUUGGUACCGACAAGCGUGAGCCAAGCACUUACGAAACUAUGACUCGGGCCUACCUUUCUGCUGAAGAUCGCACCAGCGCGAAUGCCGUUGUUCAAGAAAUGUUACGAAAAGGCUACCCUGCCGCCGUGACUGAAAAGGUGAUGGUGCUGAUGGGCGGUAUCAGUGCUUAAAUUUGAGGACGAAAACAAACCUUUAAAAGUACCAAUCGAGUGUGGCGAUGGAUUUUCGCUUGCCUCAAUCUCAUUUUCUUUUGUUAUAUGACGACGAUACCCAGAACAUAGGAACCACAACAAUGGUGAUUCUACGGCCUCGGCGUUUUGGAGGUUGCUGUACGACUCGCGACAGCUUGUAUAUAUGGGAUAUGGACAUGGCCUCGGCGUUUUCACAUGUCGAAUGGUUCGGCUACUUCUCUGGCGGGGGCGCUGGAUGGAGCAAGCAAUUGAGCCUUUUCUGACUGGUUGUUUCAAAAGGUGGAUUGGAUUGCGAUGUACCAACAGAACACAAAGAGAAUCUCUACUCAAUUUCUAGUUAGAGGGGAUCUAGACGAAGGUUGUCUAGAUUCGCUGGUCUGUUCUCGAACAAACUGGACACCGAGUUGCCAGCAACAGCUGAGCAGCCACAUCAGACAAGCAAGAGCAAGGGCUGAUGAAGACGAAGAAGAAUUCAACUUCUAUAUGUUGAAACACCAAAACAUCCUUCUUGUCUCUUUAUUCUGUCUUUUCGCGGGUCUAUGUGCUUAGGUCUAGAGCAUCACGGACUCAGCCUCUCAAUUUUCCACCCCUCAUUGUCAUGCAUCCUCGUAUACAAAAACCGAUCGUGUAAGCGACUCUCCCGGCCCUGCCAGAAUUCAACGGCCUCUGGGAUGAUCCUAAGCCCACCCCAGAACGGUGGCACGGGAAUGUGAUCCUGCCCUGCAAACCUUUUCUCAACUUCCUUGACCCGAUUCUCAAGGUCAAGACGGCCGUCGUCUUCUUCCUCGGCAGUCCCAUUGGCCUUGUUCUGAGGCUCAAGGACAGAAGUCUGUUGACUCGCCCACGCGCCCACCCUACUUCCCCUUGCCCUCGUAUCAAAAUAGAUCUGACUUUCCUCGGGGCUUAGUCGUUCACACGUUCCUUCAACACGCACUUGUCGUUCGAGCGGUUUCCACCAAAAGCACAGACUCGCAUACGGGUUGCUUGCGAUGUCGCGGGCUUUGCGGCUCGUGCCGAAGUUGGAAUAGAUCACGAACCCCUUCUCGUCGAGUUCUUUGAGAUAGACGACCCGUGAGCUGACGCGGCCGGAAGGGAGAGAGGCCGUAGAUAAAGUGACGGUCUCGGGAACGUGUCCGCGCAACUGGGGGGAUGUGAACCACUCGUGGAAUUGGGUAAAUGGAUCGGAUGAGAGGUCAGAGCGGCGAAGGCUGGAGAGCGAGAAUUGUGCAGCCCUCGAGGGAGUGGUUGUCGGGGCGGCGGAGUCUGGGGGAGCUUCACCCGGUGCGACUGAGAAAGAGAAUGUUAGAAGCGGUGGGUGCUGGAUGGAGGAAUCAAUAAUAUCCUGUCAAGUGGUACGCGGACCAACGCCCAUGGCGACGGCAGUGCAGGGAACAAAACAGUCAGGAGUCAGGCAUGAAAUAUAGUGACUCAUGAGGGUGAUUUGUGUGGUCGGGUAAGCAUUGCAUCGACUCUUGGUCGUCAUAGAGCGGAGUGUGUGAUGGAUAGUCUUGAGGCUCCUCCAAAAAGCACCGCAACGUAAAAUGAAGAACUCUGACAUUGGGUGGUCCAAGACGGGCCGUGACUUACAGAUCAGUUUGUUAUUGCUUUUCUGUGCUUGGGUCGUGUUGGUAGACAUUGCUUGAUGUAGCAUUGGAAUAUAUCGAGGAGACAAUAAAAGAGAGAGUCGCGGUGCUCGAGUCAACAUAUAGUCUUAGAAAAGGGCUCAGGCUCGCAGUUGAGAUGGGU